AUGCAUCUCAAGCCUAACUCCAUCGUCUCCUUCCUUGUGCUGCUGCAACUCUUCCACGUUCUUGUCCGCAGCCAUGAGGCGGCGGCGGCGGCGACCGGCGGCGGUGGUGAUAGCGAGCAGUUCAUGUACGAGGGCUUCGCCGGCGCGCGGCUCGACCUGGACGGCAUGGCGCUGGUCGAGCCGGACGGCAAGCUCAUGCUGAGCAACGUCACGUCCCAGCUGAAGGGCCACGCGUUCCACCCGGCGCCGCUCCGCUUCCACGCGCUGUCGGCGAGGGCGCCGCGGAACGGCACUGCCUCCGCCGCCCGCUCCUUCUCGACUACCUUCGUGUUCGCCAUCGCCGCCGAGUAUGUCACGGUCAGCGGCAACGGGCUCGCCUUCUUCGUCGCGCCGAGCAAGAACAUGUCCGCGGCGUUGCCGAGCCAGUUCUUGGGCCUCUUCAACAGCGGGAACAUUGGCAACGCGAGCAACCACAUCUUCGCCGUCGAGCUCGACACCAUCAUCAACCCAGAGUUCCAUGACAUCAACAGCAACCACGUCGGCGUCGACGUGAACGGGCUGGUGUCCGUCGACUCCAAGCCCGCCGGGUACUACGCCGACGACACCGGCGAGUUCAAGAACCUGACCCUCUUCAGCGGCGCGGCCAUGCAGGUCUGGGUGGACUACGACGGCGGCGCCAUGGUGAUUAACGUGACGCUGGCGCCCGUCGAGGUGCCCAAGCCGAGGAAGCCCCUCCUCUCCGUCCCCGUCGACCUCUCGUCGGUUGUGACGGACGAGGCGUACGUCGGCUUCUCGUCGUCGACGGGGCCACACAAGACGCGCCACUACGUGCUAGGCUGGAGCUUUGCUCUGGACGGACCGGCGCCGCCGCUAGACUACACGAAGCUCCCCAAGCUGCCGCGCGCCAACGCCAAGCGGCGGUCCAUGUUGCUCAAGGUCGUCGUGCCGGUGGCUACGUCGCUCAUCGUUCUCGCCGUGGUCAUCGGCGCCUCUCUCCACAUAUGGCAUCGGCGGCGGCGGCACGCCGAGGUCCGGGAGGACUGGGAGGUGGAGUUCGGUCCGCACCGGUUUGCGUACAAGGACCUGGUGCGCGCCACCCGCGGCUUCGACGGCAAGCGGCUGCUCGGCGUCGGCGGGUUUGGCCGCGUGUACAGGGGCGUUCUCCCGGUGUCCAGGACGGAGGUCGCCGUGAAGGUCGUGUCGCACGACGCGAAGCAGGGGAUGAGGCAGUUCAUCGCCGAGGUUGUCAGCAUCGGCCGCCUCCGCCACCGCAACGUCGUGCCUCUGCUCGGCUACUGCCGCCGGAGGGGCGAGCUCUUGCUGGUCUACGACUACAUGCCUAACGGCAGCCUAGACCGCUGGCUGUACGGCCAGGGCGCGCCGCCGCUGAGCUGGGCGCAGCGGCUUCGCGCCAUCAGAGGCGUCGCGGCCGGCUUGCUCUACCUCCACGAGGACUGGGAGCAGGUGGUCGUCCACCGCGACGUCAAGGCGAGCAACGUUCUCCUCGACGGCGAGAUGAACGCGCGCCUCGGCGACUUCGGGCUGGCGAGGCUGUACGACCGCGGCGCCGACCCGAAGACGACGCGGGUGGUGGGCACCAUGGGUUACCUCGCGCCGGAGCUCGCGCACACGCGGCGGGCGACGCCGGCGACCGACGUGUUCGCGUUCGGGUCGUUCGUCCUGGAGGUGGUAUGCGGGCGGCGGCCCAUCGAGCACGGCGGCACCGGCGACGGUGGCGACGAUGGCCAGCUCGUACUUGCGGACUGGGUGCUCGACCGGUGGCACAAGGGGGACAUCGCCGGCGCGGCGGACGCGCGGCUGUGCGGAGACUACGACCGCGAGAAGGCGGCGCUUGUGCUCAAGCUAGGCCUCCUCUGCUCCCAGCCGGCGCCCGGCGCGAGGCCAUCGAUGCGGCAGGUGGUGCAGUUCCUCGACGGCGACGCCGCGCUGCCGCCGGAGCUAGCGCCCACGUACCGGAGUUUCACCACGCUGGCCAUAACGCCCAGCGCCGAUGGCUUCGACUCCUCCGCCGUGUCGUGCCCGUCGUCGACGGUGACGAGCGUCGACGGCGGCGGAUCCUCCGUCCAUUCUGGAGAUCGCGCACAAGAAACCGAAACGCGUUCGCUGAUAGAAACACUGUAAUUUGUACAUGUUGGCAAACAGCAAGAUUCUUUUUUGAAAAUCAUGUAAUUGGUACAUAUUUACAUGAAUUUAACAGGUUUUUCAGUUAGUGUAGUUUACACAAAAGUAUCAUGCGUUGGGAAAA